UCAUAACCUCCAAAACAAGUAUAGUGCAAAUGCAAUAUUCUAUCUCAGUUCACUUCUACACUUCUAGUACUACCCAUAUUUGUGGAGAGAGAGAGAGACUGAAUCAAGCAUUUCUGAGGAUGGCAUGCUUUGAAAGAGCAUCUCCGGCAUUGAAGGAUGUCCUACUCAAACUGUACCGCGCUGAAAAGCCCAUGGAGAUGGACCAUCACCUGCAUGAAUUUGGGGCUGUGAAAUACCGUAUACAGUCUUCUGCAUCAGAUCCACAUCAUGCCUACUUGUCAAUAUCGACCCCACUACUGUCCCAAGAUACUCUGCAAUCGCUUGGGCUAUCCCAUUACACUAGAGAGAUGGUGAAGGGAAUUAGUUCUGAUGCUGUAGAGAUUGUUGAACCAGCAAAAGAAGGAUACCUGCUUACUCUAAGACUUAACUUUGAUAAGAUUCCAAGUGGCAAAGACUCUGUCAAGGUAAUUACAGAGAUAUCUGCAGUGCAAGCGGUACUACUGAGUUCUCAGCUGAAAGAAAUGUUGCAGAAUGUCAAUUCCCAGGUUACAUUUCAGGGGAUGUAUAAACCUAUAAAACUAGUCUACCACCCAAGGGAGCCUUUCUUUGUCGUCAGACAGCCAAAAAAAAUCAUAGCAGUAUUCCCGAUGCGUUUCAAAGAAAAUUCAGAUGUGAUUAUUGCAACAGCCUUCUUUCAGGAACUUAUGGAUGUGGGGAGUUCUAAAGAAUGGGCCAAAGCACCUCCUUGCACCUGGUCACCCAUUCCUCCUCCAGAACUGAGAGGAGAACUUAUUGAAGAUUUGAGCACAAAUGGAGGAUUUGUCACUUUUGAUAUUUUGCCACGCCACGUUGAGGGUAAAAGACUAGAUAAGACUGUAUGGAGUCUAUUGAACUUCUAUGCCUAUGUUAAAUACCAUGUAAAGUGUACCAGAGGUUUUAUUCAAAGAAGGAUUAGGAAGCGUUUGGAAAGUUUGGUUGAGGUCUUGCAGAAAGCAAGCUCAGAAGAAGAACAACAACAAAUUAAAAAAGAUAAAGGAUAUAAGUAUAUGGGAAAAAUGGUGUCAAAAUCUAAAAACUUCAAACGAAGAUGCGGCAACUUAAGCAGGAAGAUCAAGAGAAUCCGUCUCCGAAUUAAAAUCCGUGGAUGUGGGCGGUUUCACCGACGAUGGUUAAGAUUACCAAAUUUUUGUUCUUCAAAAGGAUAUACCAAAUUAGAAUAAAACCUCUUUCUGUAUUUUGUAUGUUCCAGUGUAUGACUGCAGUUGGGAAAUAUAAACAAGUGCCAUAUAUGAACUUCUAUUACUUCCUUGAAUGUAAGAAUUCUGUAAUUUAAGUGCUUCACAUUAUCAAUACCAAACAACCUUUUUUU